UCUGACUAUUUAAUCGCCUUGACAGCUGACUUUAAAGACAUGAUGAUUGAGUCGUUGAGUAAAUUACUCAACACUUCUGCAAAUAGGAUCCAGAACUUUACCGUUCACAAAUCCGAAAGCCCAACCAACCCAGCCAAUUUAAUAAUUCAAAGAUUGCCUACUAAGCGAUACAGUAUGCACAUCGAUCGCGACAUUUUCUCCAAGGAGUAUUCAUCAACCAACACAAGGGAUACGGACAAAGAGGAGAAAUUUACCAUGGAGAUAUCAUUUAUUCUUAUGCCACUUAAUACAACAAAAGAGAGGGGUAAGAGUGUAUCAUCAAUAUUACAAGAAAUGGACUCUCUUAUUCAAAGUAAAAGUUUUAUGAUAAAUGUUAAGGAAACACGCGUAACAGUCGUCGGGUUGAAAAAUGACUCGGAUACCAUAAUGCCGAAUAUGUGGUGUAUGAAUGGCAUUAAGAGUUAUUACACAGAUACUCAGUUCACUAUGGUAACUCUAGAAAGUAGAGGGACGAAAUCGGAGUUGAUUUACAUAAACAAAACUGAUCGUUUUUACCAAAAGGGUGAGUUCGAUCUGACAAUAUUUAUCCAAAGUACAAUUGGGUUUAACAAAGCUAACGUCUCUGGUUUCGUAUUCACCUGUGACAAACCUCGUAUAAGAAAUAAAAAAUGCGGCAGAAUAUCUCUGAGUAAGAAGGAGUACACUAUAUUCGAAAAUAAAUCUGUCAGUUUUCGGCAACAUAUCCUUGGUAUUGAUGAUUACCAGUUUGAUGAAGACAGUUCCAUAGUUAUCUGUAUUCCAUCAACCAUGAAACUUCGCAGAUCAAUUGUAAAAGGCUGCGAUAUAGGCAAUGAAGAAUUAAUUUUCUCACAGAUUAUAUUAACAAUUGUAUUUGGACUUUUGUCUCUGGUUGCCCUUCUUGCUGUUUUAAUCACAUACAGUCUGUUUUCUAAACUUCGAAAUAUUCCAGGAAUAAAUAUGAUGAACCUAACAUUGGCAUUAUUUUUGGCCGAUUUCAUAUUUUUGGUAUCUGCAUCUGUAGAGUCUGAUGCAGCCUGUAUUACAGUUGCAGUUUCAUUGCAUUACCUAUUCCUUGCUUCAUUCUUCUGGAUGAAUGUUAUGUCGUACGAUCUGUUUCGUACAUUCGGCCAUGUCAAUGUACUUCCGACCCCGAGGCAAAAAUCUAAGGUCAUACCGCGUUACACCCUUUAUGCUUGGGGAGCACCGCUCCUCAUUGUGGCUGCUUGCCUAGUCAUUGAAUUUAGUCACAUAUCCCCUUCGGUUACUAUUGGUUACGGAAAGGCGAAUCCUACGACGAUUGUCAGAAAUAAAAUGAUGCAAGAACCAUCCAAUCAAUCGCUGAACAACAGCUACAGAUCAAUGGAUACUGCACGUACAUCUCAUCACCUUGGAUGCUGGAUCCAAGACCCACUGGCAUCUCUGAUCGCUUUCGGAAUUCCUUUGAUAUGUAUCGUACUGACUAACGUUGUGAUGUUCAUUAGGACCAUAUACUGCAUCCGGCGCAACCUCAAAACCAUCAAUUUACGCCUCAAUCACCCAGUGUCUGGUCGGCAUGACGUCAUGUUAUAUGUGAAAAUGUCCGUGGUUAUGGGAUUCACUUGGGUCCUUGGAUUCGCUUCGUCAGGGAUCAGCAGCGGUGCUCAGCCCACCGAAAAUAUAUGUCUACUGCUCAACAUCAUUGGAAUUUUAUUUGUGAUCUUCAACUGUUCCCAGGGAAUUUUUAUUUGUUCUGUAUUCGUUCUAAACAAACGGGUUUUUGGCCUCUACAAAUCACUCUGGGCUAAAUUAAAGAAAACCAUUAAACAUCGGGAAAGUAGUAUUUUUACUGUGAUUCAGAACGAUAAAUAAUAAAACAGAUUCUAAUAUUAAGCACAAUAAAUAUGUAGUAUCACAGUGACAUUUAGAAAACUUUCUGCCAUGCAAAUAUUUCACUAUCGCUGUAUUGUAAAACAAACUCUACACCGCACUACAGUAAUUCUACGGUGAAUUCUAUAGACUAACAGAAAUUAUUUUUUAUUGUUUGCAAUAACAGAAAUCGUAACCCUCACCUGUCUAUCCCAUUACAAAUACAGUUUUCCUAUAUACUUUAAUAGUAACUAUAGUUAUAACAUUCCUCUUUCUUUGUAUACUAUAAACUACACCUUGCACCAUGACACGUCUAACACAUUUUAUUAAAUCUCAAACAACGUAACUCCAUCUCCCAAUAUUUAUGCUAAAACAUAUACAUCACACCACCUGUACACUAUAUGUAAGAGUGUAUACUUCUUUUUCUGUAGCACAGCAAAAGAAUUCUCUUUGCUUGCACUGUUUUAUUUUCCAACAGUCACUACCAUAUACCGGUUUAAUGUGGCUUCACGAAUGAUCAUUAACAUUGACCAAAGUAAUAUAUUUCGCUAUUACAUACAAUGAAUUGUUAUUUACUAUUUAUGCAAUAUUGAAUGCAUAUACGUAGACAUAUGGCAAUACACACUACAUUUAUUGUCUUUCUAAAGCUCAUGUUUCUCAGGAGCGAGUACAUCUUUCCCUUGUUGGUGAAGCAAACAGCUAUUUCGGGCUAACUGAAAAUUCGUUUCAAAAGAAAAAUGAUUCUUGAGCCACUCAGAAAGAGAACUUUAAUACUUUAAUAUCCCAAAUAUUGCAAUUUCACGGACGAUACUAUUACGAAUUAUAAGACUAACUGUUCUAUUACAGGAAUUACCUCUUCCUAUAUUAAUGGUGCCAGAAAAUAGUCUUUUGGAGACUUUUGCAAUCUUCACCAAAAUAUUGAAAUUGCUAUGUAUUACGUAUUUUCCGACUACCUGCUGGUUAAAUAACUUUUCAUUCCGUAUAAUCGAUUUCCGUAUUCUCAAGAAUAAUCAUGUUUAAAAUUUUUUAUUCAUCAGUACUGAAACUCAACCGACAAUUGCUGUUUCACUAAUACACAUGAAUUUUUGCAUUUCAUUUUUUGGCAUCUUACUGUCGAUAUGAUAUAUUCUAUGUUUUAACAUGCAAAUAAAUUAGAACACUACAUGUUCUGUGCAUGAUAAUGACUGGACACAUACGUGAAAUCCUUUAAAAAAAUUUUCUCAACCAAUGAUAUCUUGAUGUACUGUUGACACAAAUUAUUGCGAUUUUCCACAAAUGUAUGUGCUUAUGUUUCCACAAUCCUUUUCUAGUUUUCAGUAAUUGAAAAGUGAAACUCGGAAUUACGUUUCAACGAGACUUUGACUCUGAUAAUAUACACACUACUGAGGAUUUAUACAUCGUCAGUGAAAAAAUGAUGGUGUUGAAAAGGAUCACAUAUUUAAUUAUUUUUUAUGUCCACUUUCUGAAUAGUUAGAAAAGCGCAUGCAGUG